AUGACUUCUACCGAAGAAACCCCCCUCCCAGCACACCUAGACCCAACAACCUACCCACGAACCUGGACAGACACCCCAAAAAACAUCCACUUAGCCUUAACCUACGCGCCCCUCGACGCAACAAUUCAAUUAAACCAAACGUCCUCCCCAGCCGCCGGCGCAAACAUUCUGUUCCUAGGAACAACACGCGACACCUUCGAAGGUCGCCCCGUCAGCCAACUAAGCUACACAGCAUACCCAGCACUAGCAUUGAAGACACUAGCGCGGAUCGCGGAGGCGGCCGUGGAAGCGCAUAGCCUUGUUGGUAUUAGUAUUGCGCAUCGAUUGGGUGUUGUUCCUAUUGGCGAGGCUUCUAUUGCUAUUGCUGUUAGUUCUGGACAUCGCGGUGCGGCGUGGAGGGCGGGCGAGGAGGUUCUUGAGGCUUGUAAGGAGAAGGCAGAGAUUUGGAAGCGGGAGGAGUUUGUUGAUGGGGGGAUGGAGUGGAGGGAUAACGCUGAAAGGGAUGGAGAGGGGAGGCUGGUGAAGGGGGAGGGGAUUUAG